CAUGCGCGGGCCGGCCGAGGGGCGCCUCCUGCAGGACCCUGAGCGGCCCGGUCCUCUGCCAGUCGCGGGUCUCAGGCGCCCCCUCCCCGCCGUGGCGGCCUAGCAGUUGUCAGCAGCGGUCGCCGCCGCCGCGAGGCCAGAGCAGAGCCGGGAGCCGAGGGAGGGGACCCCGCGAGAGGGCAGCGCCCCGGCCGCUGCCGCCCGGGCGCUAAGGGUCGCGGCCCUUCUGGCAAGGAUGGCGGUGCUCAGGCAGCUGGCGCUCCUGCUCUGGAAGAACUACACUUUGCAGAAGCGGAAGGUCCUGGUGACCAUCUUGGAGCUCUUCCUGCCCUUGCUGUUUUCUGGGAUCCUGAUUUGGCUUCGCCUGAAGAUCCAGUCAGAGAACGUGCCCAAUGCCACCCUCUACCCCGGCCAGUCCAUCCGAGAGCUGCCACUGUUCUUCAGCUUCCCGCCACCGGGAGCCGCCUGGGAGCUCGCCUACAUCCCAUCCCAGAGUGACGCCGUGAGGACCGUUGUGGAGACAGUGAGGAGGAUGCUGGUGAUCAACAUGAGAGCUCGCGGCUUCCCCUCCGAAAAGGACUUUGAGGACUACGUCAGGUACGACAACCGCUCUGCCAACGUGCUGGCCGCCGUGGUGUUCGAGCAUGCCUUCAACCACAGCAGGGAUCCCCUGCCGCUGGCGGUGAAAUAUCACUUACGGUUCAGUUACACGCGAAGAAAUUACAUGUGGACCCAGACAGGCUCCUUUUUCCUGAGAGAGACAGAAGGCUGGCACACCACUUCCCUUUUUCCACUCUUCCCCAGCCCAGGACCAAGGGAACCCACAUCCCCUGAUGGCGGAGAACCUGGGUAUAUCCGUGAGGGCUUCCUGGCCGUGCAGCAUGCCGUGGACAGGGCUGUCAUGCAGUACCACGCCAACGCCUCCACGCACCAGCUGUUUGAGAAGCUCACCGUGAUCGCCAAGAGGUUCCCUUACCCGCCUUUUAUCUCGGACCCCUUCCUCGUCGCCAUCCAGUACCAGCUUCCCCUGCUGCUCAUGCUGAGCUUCACUUACACCUCACUCAGCAUCAUCCGGGCUGUCGUGCAAGAGAAAGAGAGGAAACUGAAGGAAUACAUGCGCAUGAUGGGGCUCAGCAGCUGGCUGCACUGGACCGCAUGGUUCCUCCUGUUCUUCCUCUUCCUCCUCAUCACCGUCUCCUUCAUGACCCUGCUCUUCUGCAUCAAGGUGAAGAAGAAUGUGGCAGUGCUCGCGCACAGUGACCCCUCGCUGGUGCUAGUCUUUCUGGCCUGCUUUGCUAUCUCCUCCAUCUCCUUCAGCUUCAUGGUCAGCACUUUCUUCAGCAAAGCCAAUGUGGCAGCAGCCAUCGGGGGCUUCCUCUACUUCUUCACGUACAUCCCUUACUUCUUCGUUGCCCCUCGAUACAACUGGAUGACGCUUAGCCAGAAGCUGUUCUCCUGCCUCCUGUCCAAUGUUGCCAUGGCAAUGGGAGCCCAGCUCAUAGGAAAAUUUGAAGCAAAAGGCACAGGUGUCCAGUGGCGAGACCUCCUGAGUCCUGUCAACGUGGACGACGACUUCUCCUUUGGGCAAGUGCUCGGCAUGCUAUUGCUGGACUCCGUCCUCUACAGCCUGGUGACCUGGUAUGUGGAGGCCAUCUUCCCAGGCCAGUUCGGUGUGCCCCAGCCCUGGUAUUUCUUCAUCCUGCCCUCAUAUUGGUGCGGACACCCGAGGACAGUUCUAGGGAAAGAGGAGGAAGACGAUGAUCCUGAGAAAGUGCUUAGGACCGAGUACUUUGAAGCUGAGCCAGAGGACCUGGUAGCCGGGAUCAAGAUCAAGCAUGUGUCCAAGGUGUUCAGAGUGGGGAACAAGGGCAAGGCAGCUGUCAGAGACCUGAACCUGAACCUGUAUGAAGGCCAGAUCACUGUUCUGCUGGGCCACAACGGCGCGGGGAAGACUACCACCCUCUCCAUGCUCACUGGUCUCUUUCCCCCGACCAGUGGACGGGCAUAUAUCAGUGGGUAUGAAAUCUCCCAAGAUAUGGCUCAGAUCCGGAAGAGCUUGGGCCUGUGCCCGCAGCAUGACGUCUUGUUUGACAACCUGACUGUCGCAGAACACCUGUAUUUCUAUGCUCAGCUGAAAGGCUUGUCGCGCCAGAAGUGCCCUGAAGAAGUCAAACGCAUGCUGCACAUCCUCAGUCUGGAGGACAAGGGGGACUCCCGGAGCAGGUUCCUGAGCGGGGGGAUGAGGCGCAAGCUCUCCAUCGGCAUUGCCCUCAUCGCAGGCUCCAAGGUGCUGAUGCUGGACGAGCCCACCUCAGGCAUGGACGCCAUCUCCAGGAGGGCCAUCUGGGACCUUCUUCAGCAGCACAAAAGUGACCACACCAUCCUGCUGACCACCCACUUCAUGGAUGAGGCCGACCUGCUGGGGGACCGCAUCGCCAUCAUGGCCAAGGGGGAGCUGCAGUGCUGCGGGUCAUCUCUGUUCCUGAAGCAGAAAUAUGGCGCAGGCUACCACAUGACGCUGGUGAAGGAGCCUCACUGCAACCCCGAGGGCAUCUCCCGGCUGGUCCACCACCAUGUCCCCAACGCCACCCUGGAGAGCAGUGCCGGAGCAGAGCUGUCGUUCAUUCUUCCCAAGGAGAGCACACACAGGUUUGAAAGUCUUUUUGCUAAACUGGAGAAGAAGCAGAAGGAGCUGGGCAUCGCCAGCUUCGGGGCCUCUGUCACCACCAUGGAGGAAGUCUUCCUGCGGGUCGGUAAGCUGGUGGACACCAGCAUGGACAUCCAAGCCAUCCAGCUCCCUGCCCUGCAGUACCAGCACGAGAGGCGGGCGAGUGACUGGGCCGUGGACAGCCACCUGUGCGGGAUGAUGGACCCAACUGACGGCGUCGGCACCCUGAUUGAGGAGAACACUGCCGUCAGGCUCAACACCGGGUUGGCCCUCCACUGCCAGCAGUUCUGGGCCAUGUUCCUGAAGAAGGCCGCAUACAGCUGGCGGGAGUGGAAGAUGGUAACGGCCCAGGUCCUGGUCCCUCUGACAUGCAUCACCCUGGCCCUCCUGGCCAUCAACUACUCCUCCGAGAUCUUCGAUGACCCCCUCCUGAAGCUGACCUUGGCCGAGUAUGGCAGAACCAUCGUGCCCUUCUCGGUUCCCGGGACCUCUCGGCUGGAUCAGCAGCUGUCAGAGCAUUUGAAAGACAUGCUGCAGGCUGAGGACCAGGAACCUCGAGAGGUGCUGGGUGACCUGGAGGAGUUCCUGAUUUUCAGGGCCUCGGUGGAGGGGGGCGGCUUUAACGAGCGGUGCCUGGUGGCGGCAUCCUUCAGAGACGUGGGCGAGCGCACGGUGGUCACUGCCCUGUUCAACAACCAGGCGUACCACUCACCGGCCACCGCAUUGGCCAUCGUGGACAACCUUCUGUUCAAGCUGCUGUGCGGCCCUCAGGCCUCCAUCAUGGUCUCCAACUACCCUCAGCCCCGGAGUGCCCUGCAGGCCGCCAAGGAUCAGUUCAACGAGGGCCGGAAGGGAUUCGACAUCGCCCUCAACUUGCUCUUCGCCAUGGCGUUUUUGUCCAGCACGUUCUCCAUCCUGGCGGUCAGCGAGAGGGCCGUCCAGGCCAAGCACAUGCAGUUUGUGAGCGGAGUCCACGUGGCUACUUUCUGGCUCUCGGCUCUGCUGUGGGACCUCAUGUCCUUCCUCGUCCCCAGUCUGCUGCUGCUGGUGGUGUUCAAAGCCUUCGACGUGCACGCCUUCACGCAGGACGGCCACGUGGCCGACGCCCUGCUGCUGCUCAUGCUCUAUGGCUGGGCCAUCAUCCCCCUCAUGUACCUGAUGAGCUUCUUUUUCUCGGGGGCGGCCACUGCCUACACGAGGCUGACCAUAUUCAACAUCUUGUCGGGCAUCGCCACUUUCCUCGUGGUCACCAUCAUGCGCAUCCCAGCGGUCAAGUUAGAAGAACUUUCCAGAACCCUGGACCGCGUGUUCCUGGUGCUGCCCAACCACUGUUUGGGGAUGGCGGUCAGCAGCUUCUACGAGAACUACGAGACAAGGAGGUACUGCACCUCCUCCGAAGUGGCAGCCCACUACUGCCGGAAACACAACAUCCAGUACCAGGAGAACUUCUAUGCAUGGAGCACUCCAGGGGUUGGCAGGUUCGUGACCUCCAUGGCUACCUCAGGGUUUGCCUACCUCACCCUGCUCUUCCUCAUUGAGACCGAUCUGCUGUGGAGGCUGAAGGCCUGCCUGUGUGCCUUCCAGAGGAGGCGGGCGCUGACAGAAGUGUACACCCGGACGUCGGCACUUCCUGAAGACCAGGAUGUGGUGGAUGAGAGGAACCGCAUCCUGGCCCCCAGCCUGGACUCCCUGCUGGACACGCCUCUGAUUAUCAAGGAGCUCUCCAAGGUGUAUGAGCAGCGAGCACCCCUCCUCGCCGUGGACAAGGUCUCCCUCGCAGUCCAGAAAGGGGAGUGCUUCGGCCUGCUGGGUUUCAAUGGAGCCGGCAAAACCACGACUUUCAAAAUGCUGACCGGGGAGGAGACCAUUACUUCUGGGGACGCCUUUGUUGGGGGCUACAGCAUUAGCUCUGACAUCGGGAAGAUGCGGCAGCGGAUUGGCUACUGCCCCCAGUUUGAUGCCCUGCUGGACCACAUGACGGGCCGGGAGACACUGGUCAUGUACGCCCGGCUCCGGGGUGUCCCCGAGUGCUACAUCGGUGCCUGCGUGGAGAACACGCUGCGGGGCUUGCUCCUGGAGCCGCAUGCCAACAAGCUGGUCAGGACGUAUAGCGGUGGGAACAAGCGGAAGCUCAGCACCGGCAUUGCCCUUCUUGGAGAGCCAGCAGUCAUCUUCCUGGACGAGCCGUCCACUGGCAUGGACCCCGUGGCCCGGCGCCUGCUCUGGGACACCGUGGCAAGGGCCCGCGAGUCUGGAAAGGCCAUCGUCAUCACCUCCCACAGCAUGGAGGAGUGUGAGGCCUUGUGCACCCGGCUGGCCAUCAUGGUGCAGGGUCAGUUCAAGUGCCUGGGCAGCCCACAGCACCUCAAGAGCAAGUUUGGCAGUGGCUACUCCCUACGGGCCAAGAUCCGGAGUGACAGGCAGCAGGAGGCCCUGGAAGAGUUCAAGGCAUUCGUGGACCUGACCUUCCCAGGCAGCGUCCUGGAAGAUGAGCACCAAGGGAUGGUCCAUUACCACCUGCCUGGCAAUGACCUCAGCUGGGCGAAGGUGUUUGGUGUUCUGGAGAAGGCCAAGGAGAAGUAUGGCAUGGAUGACUACUCUGUGAGCCAGAUCUCGCUGGAGCAGGUCUUCCUAAGCUUCGCCCACCUGCAGCCACCUGUUGAGGACGAGGGGCCGUGAGGAGCCGGGCUCACAGAUGGGCAUCCUCUCUCGCUCCGAGUUCACCUCAUCCUGCACCUUUAUUUCUGAUCACUGUUUUCUACAAUGGAUUCAAGAAUCAAGGCACAGUAUGGACCGGGUGUGUCGCGCCCUCAUGCCGGGAAGCAGCAUGGGAAUGUCCACGUCUCAGGCAUUCUGAAGCCCGCUGUCCAAAACUCAAGAUCCCCACCAAGAGCGUGUUGGGCAGUCUGUGCGGGCAGGCUGCGGGGUUUGGGCGGAGAGCUGUCCCGGAAGGGGCCUCACUGACCCAGGGGUCAAGAGUACCCAGCCAUAUCCCUGCAUUCGCACCUGGCACGGAGCUUCCCAGGGGAGGCCUGCAGGACAGUGGGCAUCGGGCUCACCAGGCUGCCCAGGAUGGACAGAAAGAUGCCUGUCGCUGUCCUCAGGGGAGAUGCAGCUGAAUUAGGCACUGAGGUCUUGGUUUCCAGUGCAGCUGGGUGUCCUGGAGUCCCUCUCCUGAGAGGGUGGACACUGCACCAGACAGAGCCGGCCUUGAGCCCGGUGUCAUCCCACCAGCAUCUUCCAGAGUGACCAGUGAGGGGAGGGGUGAGCCACGGGCCGGGAGGCCAGUUGGGGACCACCAUGGGGCUGAGCGGCCACCCAUGGAGGGCACACCUAGUGCGUGGUGACUGUCCGCAAAAUAAAGGCUGGGAGGGAACAUAACCGUGGUCUGUGAGUCACGAGGUGGGCCUGCGGGCCCCGUCACCCAGCGCAGUCCCAGCACGAGCCUCCUGUAUCAAGUUCCAGACAAAAACAAGUGCUCGUUUUUCCCAAUACAUAGUCAAUUUACAGAACUUGCUGCUGUGGAAUAAGCCAAAAAUGCAAGUGCACAAUCAGGGUAGCUAAAUGGCCACCUGGAAGACCCUUCAUCCAGGGUGAGGAAAGAGGCAUGUAGGGUUGGCAGAGGAGGGUGUGGAGCUGGGUGGGCAGGAGGCCUUUGGCUCCAGGGCCACUUGGCUUUACACCAUUUUCCAGGAGAGUUUUCUUCAGCAUCAGCUCCCUUUUAUUAAUAAGACGCACUCAUUUCUUAUGGCUUUUUUUUUUUUUUUUUUUGCGGUACGCAGGUCCCUCACUGUUGUGGCCUCUCCCGUUGCGGAGCAUAGGCUCCGGACGCACAGGCUCAGCGGCCACGGCUUACGGGCCCAGCCGCUCCGUGGCAUGUGGGAUCUUCCCGGACCGGGGCACGAACCCAUGUCCCCUGCAUCGGCAGGCGGACUCACUGCACCACCAGGGAAGCCCAAUGGCUUUCUUUUUAACCUUUUUUUUAGUGGUUUGAGAGACGGCAAUUUUUAUUUGUUUGUUUAUUUAUUUAUUUAUUUAGCUGUAUUGGGUCUUCAUUGCUGUGCACGGGCUUUCUGUAGUUGUGGCGAGCACGAGCUACUUUUCAUUGCAGUACGCGAGCUGCUCAUUGCGGUGGCUUCUCUUGUUGUGGAGCACGGGCUCUAGGCGCACGGGCUUCAGUAGUUGUGGUUUGUGAGCUCUAGAGAGCAGGCUCAGUAGUUAUGGCUCAGGGGCUUAGUUGCUCUGUGGCAUGUUGGAUCUUCCCGGACUAGGGAUCGAACCCAUGCCCCCUGCAUUGGCAGGAGGAUUCUUAACCACUGUGCCACCAGGGAAGUCCUCUUAUGGCUUUCUAAAUUUCCGUGAUUUGAAUCUCUGUGCCUUUUACAUUACCUUAGAAUUCAUAGGUUUAGAAAAGACUUGUUUUCAUCACUCUGGUUCAUUUGGUACAGUUUCAAAUUUGCAUUUUUAUCAUUCUCUCAAAGUUUAUGAACGUUGCAAAUAGUUUCUUGUAGCUCUUUUAUUCCCUUUAAGAUUCUUCCAACCAUCAUCAUUUAGUUCCAUAUUAUUAAAAAAUAACAACAACAACAA